AUGGAUAAUUUAUCAGAAUUAAAUCCAUGUGAGGACGGAGAGUGUUUCUGCCUCUCACCUCGGAGUAGCGUGGCUUUGAUAUCUAUUAUAGGAUUAGUUGGCUGUUUAUUAGAAAUCCUAUCCAACGACGACUCGGAUGUGUGCGUGGUGUGUUACGAUACGCGCGCACACGUAGACUCGUUCAGAAGUGUGCUGGUGACGGCCUUCCAAAUGGCUAAUAUGUUACUGCUGUUGGGGUCUAUUGUUGAAAACGCGAUGCUCUUACAAAUAUACCUUUGGUACACACUAGCAUUUAUAGUGAUGGGAUUUGUUGUAUCGAUACUGAGCUUUUUAUUUCGACUGCAAGAGGAAGGCGCGUGGAGCUUUGUAGCUUUCAUUCCGGAAAUUGUAUUCCUUUUUGUAAUGUACCAGUGUCUGCCUCUAGUGGAUCAUUAUCGGAAACGAAUCGACGUGUAUACCUAUGACGACAGUUAG